AUGGCAAAGAACGGUUCAGUAGUUAUCAUUUCAUUUAAUGAAUCCACUGCUACUUCGAAUGAGACUAUUUCUCAUGAGCCUUCUUCUCCUUCAAAUAACACGUCAGUUAUUAACAACAAUCAAUCUUUACAAGAUAUUCAAAACACUCAAUCUCCUUCUCAAGAACUUGAAUGGUCAUUUUAUUACAGACCAGACAACGAUGUUCAAAUUUUUAACCUUUAA